UAUAUAUAUUGUUCUCUCUUUACAUCACAUACAAUCUCUCAACCUUCUCUAGCAUAUAUUAGGUCAGAAUAAUUGAGCAAAAAACCCUAAUCAAAGACAUGGGGAGCCAAGAGGAUGACGAUUUUUUAUCUGCAUUUGGAAUAACAAGAAUGAUAGGUGUUCAAUUAGCUCUUAGAGCUGCAGUUGAGCUAAAUGUCUUUACUAUCAUUGCUAAUUCCAACUCCCCAGAAGCACAACUUACUGCAAAAGAAAUCGUCGCGAAAAUCCCGACAACAAACCCUAAUGCAGCUAUGGCUUUGGAGAAGAUACUGAAUUUACUAGCUUCAUAUUCCAUUUUAUCUGCAUCUCCUAGAACAUCCCUAUCAGAUGGGAAAAGGCCGGAAAAGGCGUACGGCCUGACGAAGCAGAGCCGGCGCUUAGCAUUGGACAAUGGAGGAGUUUCUUUGGCUUCAGUUUUGCUUUUUGGGUCUGAAAGAGAGAUUGUGGACUCCUUUUACACAUUGAAGGAUGCUGUGCUUGAACAAUCUUACAAGGGUUAUAACAAAGCUAAUGGUGAGACCUUCUUUGAAUCUUUGAGAAGGAAACCUGGCCUAAACAAACUGUUCAAUGACAAUAUGUCAAUUUGCUCAAAGGUAAUGUUGGAGCAAGUAUUGAGGGUUUAUAGAGGAUUUGAAGAGGUGGAGGAGUUGAUGGAUGUUGGGGGAGGGAUUGGGACUUCACUGGAGAAGAUAGUUUCUGCUUAUCCACAUAUUCAUGGCAUCAACAUGGAUUUGCCUCAUGUCAUUGCUAAUGCGACCACCAUUGCAGGUGUGAAGCAUAUUGCUGGAGAUAUGUUUGAGCCAUUGCCUGCUGCACAAACAAUAUUCUUAAAGUGGGUACUCCACGAUUGGGACGAUGAUUGGUGCAUCAAGAUAUUGAGAAAUUGUUGGAAGGCAUUGCCGGAAAAUGGCAAGGUCAUAGUUGUGGAAUUUGCAGUCUCUGAAGACUGUAAUGAAUCAGUGCACACAACAUUCAUGGAACUGAUGAUGAUGGUACUAAAUCUUGGGGGUAAGGAGCGAACGACAGUUGAACUCGACUGGAUUGCUAAAGCUGCAGGUUUUGCUCAAACAAUAACAUUUCCGACUCAUAAGCUGGGAUUUUAUGUCAUAGAGUUCAUCAAGAAAACUUAAAAAGUUUUACUUUUU